AUGAGAAUCAAGAAGAAGCAUCAAGCCGGAGCGGCCAAGAACUUCAUUACUAGAACUCAGGCAGUGAAGAAACUUCAAGUGUCUUUGGCUGACUUUCGAAGACUAUGUAUCUUCAAGGGAAUCUACCCUCGAGAGCCUCGUAAUAAGAAGAAGGCCAACAAAGGAUCUACUAAACCAACAACGUUCUACUACACAAAGGAUAUUCAAUAUUUAUUACAUGAACCGGUUCUGAACAAGUUCAGAGAGCACAAGAUCUUUGCUCGCAAGUUGUCAAGAGCUCUUGGUCGUGGUGAGGUCGGAGAUGCUAAGCGUUUGGACGAUAACCGGCCUAGAUACAAACUUGAUCAUAUUAUUAAGGAGCGAUACCCUACUUUCAAUGAUGCUCUGAGAGAUCUUGAUGACCCUCUUUGUAUGUUGUUCUUAUUCGCAGCUAUGCCUGCCACGAACAGCGUAAACUACAAGGUUAUCGAAGAUGCCGACCGACUAUGCAACCAAUGGAUGGCUUAUGUCGCUCGAGAAAGGUUGCUGCGAAAGGUUUUCGUGAGUAUCAAGGGUGUAUACUACCAGGCUCGUGUAAAGGGCCAAGAUAUUCUAUGGCUUGUUCCUUUCAAAUUCCCUCAGAAUAUUCCUGACGACAUUGAUUUUAGAAUCAUGUUGACAUUUUUGGAAUUCUACACCACAUUGCUACAGUUUGUUCUAUAUAGGCUUUAUACUGAGAGUGGACUUGUAUAUCCACCUCAGAUCAAUGCAUCUAAGAUGAAGGGAGUUGGUGGAAUCUCUGCUUAUCUUUUGGAAAGUCGCCAGAAUGGUUUGUCCCUGUUGGGUGCUAAAGCUAGUGAGAAUACCAAUGGUAAAGCCACAACUAACGGUGCCACUCCUAAUCUUAAGAUGGAUAGAAUUGCACAAGCUGACGAGGAAGCUGAUCAUGACGGAGAUGAGCAGGAAGAAGACGAGAACGAUGCAGCUAACGAGUCUGCCUUAGACACAUUCCAGCCAAUUCCUGCCACUGAGACUGCUGCCAGUGAUAUUUUGGCUCAACCUGCUCCUGAAUCUGAACGCGAAGGACAGCUGUUUAGUAAUUUCACAUUCUUUGUUGGCAGGGAGGUUUCUCUGGACAUUGUUGAGUUCUUGAUUAUUGCAUUCGAUGGUAAAGUUAUUUCUGAGAGUGCUAUUGACGAACUCAUUGACAACGAAAAUGAAGAAUCAAGUAAUGACGCUACUGAGGCUUAUAAGAAAAUCGAUCUCAGCACUGUUACACACCAAAUCUGUGAUAGACCAACGGUACCAAACAAGGUCCCUGGUAGAACCUAUAUACAACCUCAGUGGAUUUUCGAUUCUAUCAACAAAGGACAGCUUCUACCCGUUGCAAACUAUGCGCCAGGCGAAGCGUUGCCCCCUCACUUGAGUCCAUGGGGCGAUGCUGCUAACUACGAUCCUGAGGCGGCUCUAGAGGAUGGCGAAGGUGAAUCUUCUUCAGAAGCCGAGGAGGAGGAAACCAUCGAGGGCGAAGCUCUUCCCGAUGAAGACGAAGAGGAAGUCGAUGAGGAGGCGGAAGAAGCUCUCGAGCGCCAACGUGACCUUGAAAAGGAGGCCGCUGGUAUCAAGUUCUCAGAACAGCAAUCAUCUGCAGAGUCCAAGAAGAGAAAGAAGAAGACAGCUGCUGAUAAAGAACAGGAGGAGAAGGACUUGCGUAAGAUCAUGAUGAGUAACAAACAAAAGAAGCUCUAUAACAAGAUGCAAUACGGUAUUGAUAAGAAGCAGGCCCGUGAAGAAGAGCUUAAAAAGAAAAGACGUAAGAUCGAGGCAACAAAGGAAAAGCUCAAAUCUUCCUAA